AUGCGCACGCUGUGUUCACCGCGGCCUCGCUGCUCAGCGGUCGCGCUGCUCGCCGCUGCCGUGUACGUCAUGUUUUUCUGUCUGCUAACCUCCAGUGUGCGCGGCGUUGUGGCGAGCAAGUCUGUGACGGAGAGCGUGGUGCCACUCGCCGCGUCUGAUGCAAGUCCCAGCAAUGCGACAGGCGGCGACUCGGAAGGACUGGUGUGGGUGAUCCUGAUUGACCUGAGCCGCACCGCCAUGACGGAGGCUUCGCUUUCGGAGGCAGUAACGGCCUUCCUAACAAACUCGUCCGCGACGCACCAGUACCUGACCACCCUCCUCCGCCCCGCCCCGAUCAUCCUCGAUACCGGCGGCAGCCUCCUCACCGCCCUGACGCAGAUAACUGCCCUGCUUGGCGACCCGCUCACCUUUCCGAGCAUCCUGUUCCUGGCUGAAACAGCAGACGUCUCGGCGUCGGUGGUGGAUGUGCUGCGGCAGAACGACAAGACGUCCGACAUCCUCAUUGUCUCUGCCCACUCAUCGAACGUGCGCCUGUGCGAUCCAGACAUGAACCUGCGCACCAUGUGCAUGGUACCGCACGACAUGCUCAACGUCCGUGGACUGCUCGAGGUCGUGUCGAAUCAGCUGAACUGGCACUCCAUGAGCCUCGUCUUCAGCAGCGACGGCUAUGGCGAGGGUGUGAGCAGGGCCGUUACGUCACAGGUACAGACGGCGUCCACGACAGCGACAAUUGUGGCGCAAACAUUCAUGAGCGGCGCUGCCUCGACGACAGACGACGAUGCUGUCGUUACCGCCAUCACGAAGUACCGCGCGCGAGGCAUGGGCUGUUUCCUCUCAGAGGCAGAGAUGCGUCGCCUGCACGCCGCUGUGGAGCGCAAUAACCGCACCGCCAGCACCGUCUUCCUCAUCGCCUCGCGUGAGAGCCUGAACGUGCUGCCGAGCCUGACGGGUGACAUCAACACAACCGCGAAGCCGUGGGGUGCCAUUUUCGUCUCCGCCUACACGCCUCCGGCAGAGUUAGUCAGCCAAGGCUUCUUUCCCACAACGCACGGCUCCGCUGUGGAUGAGUACAGCGCUUUCGUUCUGAGUCACCUGCUCGAUGGCCUUCUCAUGGUGGACGCCACGAAGGGGGCGAUCAACAACAUGACCGCGCUGCGCGCCGCCCGCUUCAACGGCUACACAGGCAAAGUUGCCUUCGAUUCUAUCUACUACCAGCGCGUGGAGACCGUGUUCUCCCUCAUCACGGCUAUCCACACGGUGCGUAACCCACUCGUGACGUGGAGUCUGAAGGACUACUCCUCUGACGCACAUCAGGUCAAUGUAAUCCCAGAAGUGACGCGGGCACUCGUCAAGACGUCGCCGCUGCGCACCGCAAAGAUAUGCAUGACGUCGCCCUCCAGCUGCGUCCUCACGCAGAUGGUAAUGUCAAUGCUAUUUGUGCUCACAAUGCACAACCAGAACGUCUCGGGCAACGACGGCGACGACGUCUUCAACUUCUACCCUGUUGCCAUCAGCACGGACGCGAGCGGCAUCACUGGACUGGCAUCGUUGAUCCCGAUUGCCCGCACGUGCACGGUGCUCACCGGGCCGGGCUCUGACACGGUGACCAUGGCGUUCACCCCGGUGGUAAACAAGUUUCAGGUCCCACAGCUGGAUUACGCCGUUUCGAGCGACGACUUCACCGACCACCCACACAUGUAUCCGUUCUUCUCGCGGAGUUUGCCGAAGAGCACCUUUGCGGAUGGCGCGGUGACGCACAUUUGCGCGCACUAUGGGUGGGAACGGGUGAUCAUCAUUACUUCGAAUGACCAGUUUGGCAUCUCGCGCGCACAGUCGAUGAGGACGGCGAUGCAGCAGCAGAACCUCUACGUGGAGGCGACCUACUACCUCUCUGACAGCGAGAACGCCACCGUGGCGGACUGCAUGACGAAAAUAUACGCCAAACUGGUGAGCCGCAUCAUCAUUGUCGUGAAUCCAUUCACAGCAGCACAGGCAGAGACCUUCUUCAGACUCAGCGACCACCUCACCUACAUGCGCCAGUACAUCUUCUUCAUGGACAGUGCGCUCUGCCACGCCGCUGCGGCCUCGGCGACCGGCGAUGCGCUGCGUCAGAAACUACCGAGUUCCAUCUGCAUCUACCCUAACGUGACGCAGACCCGCCUGGCAGAACUGAACGCUCUCUACACGAGUAGCGGCUACGCGACGACGCGGCAGGAGAUGCGCAAGGUUAUGAGCGACGGGGGCUUCCUCUCGUCGGUGGAGUCCUGUGACACCAGCUCCAUCAGCCCCUACGCGGGCUUCGCCGUGGACGCCGGCUACGUCCUGAUCGACGCCGUCUCUCGCGCCGUCGCUGCGAAUGCGUCACUGAACGUUGCUCGCAGUUUGCUGCCGUACAUCCGCAGCACGUCCAUUGACAACUUCACAGGCAACUGCACCAUCGACUCCACUGGUAACCGCCUCUACGCGGCCUACUCGAUCAACAUCCAGCCCUGGAGCGGCGCCCCACUCUUCAUUGGCACCUGGAACUCGAGGACGUCACCGGCGCUCGACAUUACGGAGUCGUCCUUUCUAUGGCUUACAAACAGCACCGUGGUACCACUCGACACGUUCCGCGAUGCCUCCUUCGUCCUUGGCUCGGCCCUGUCGGCUUCCCCGGGGACCAUCGUCAUUUCCGUCCUCGGCUUCAUCCUCACCAUUUCUAUCUUCUACUUCUGCUACCGCCACUACCGCAUACAGAGGCGCAUUGAGCAGGCGCUGGAGUCGAACCGAUUCCCGGUGACUGACGAGGAGCUCCGUCGCCUGCGCGGCAUCAAGGACGACGUGUAG